CUGGAAGGACAAGAAUUCACUGAUGAUGAUGGUAUUCAGGAAGAGUGCAUUCGAUGUCACAUGAUGAUUCCUCUGAGACUACUUAGGGAGCAUGCUGUGACUUGUGGAGUUACAGAGGAGGAUGAAGUUCUACCACCAUUUCCCAAGAAGAGAAAUGUUAUACAGACACCAGUGUGCCAAUUUGCUUGUGAAAGAGACUGAGUCUGGUGUAUGUCCAGUUUGUGAUAAAAUCUUCCCGAUAGAAUUGUUACCAGAGCACGCUGAUGUUUGUUGCCAGUCUGAUGAAGUUUGCCAGUCAGGGGAAGCUGAAGCUAAACAUGUGUUCAACUCAUUUGAUGAUUAUUUGUCAUCAAAGACUCUGAAUGGGGAGAAGCUCUGGGACAUAUCAGUAAUCCGAAGAAUGCUUGUCCAGCAGGCCAUGGAAGAAAUUGAGCAAGCGCCAGAAGAAGAAUGGAACAGGAAGUUUUGUAUAACAUUCAUAGGGGAAGAAGGUUUGGACUCCGGCGGAUUGACGAGAGAGUUCUUAACAUUGCUUUAUGACCAUUCCCCUGUUUUUGAGAACAGUGUUCUCAGCUUUGAUGCACAAUUACUUGAAAAAAAGCAUUACUUCUUAAUGGGACAAAUGGUUACAAUGGGCAUUUUAAGUGGCCAUCCAGGACCAAGGAAUCUCAUGAAACAUGUUGUGGACUACAUUGUCAGUGGAAGAACCACAGGUAUAACAGAUAUACCUGUAGAUCAACUUGGCCGAUUGGAUGCUGUCUCAGCUAUACAAGAGAUUUCGGAUUCAGUUGAUUGCAACCAGAUGAUAGAGAAAUAUGGGGAUCUGCUGGAAGCCUGUGGUUUUAGAAAAGUCUUGUCAGUAGAAAGCAGACAAAAUGCUGUGUCUGCGAUGAAGAGCUAUUACUUGUUCAACCGAUUUAUUCCAAGUCUACUGCAGUUUGUGGAAGGUCUCAAACUUCAUGGCAUGCUAGACAUGUUGCGGAAAUGUCCGGAGAAGGCAUACAGUUACCUUAUGCAGACAGAGCAUGUGGACAGCUUGACCAUCAAAGGUUUUUUUUAAGCCUGUAUUUUCUUCCGAUAAAGCAGAAAAAGAAGAUGAAGAAGUAAUUCUAUGCAACUUUCACCAGUUCCUGAAGAAACUUGAACGAGGGAAAAUUUCAUGCAUUAGCAUCGAUGCUGAAACUGGGUCCUCAUCUGAAGUAAACCUCAACACAGGACAUCUCCUUCAAGCACUGAUUGGAUGCCCAGCUCUCCCAAGCUGUAUUACAGAGGGAAUAAUAACCUUUGAUCACAAAAGUGAUUAUCUUACAACUGUAAACACAUGUGCCCCUUCAAUAAACUUCAGCAAAUUAUCAGUGAUAAAGAACUAUAGUUCAUUUGAAGAACUGAUGAAAAAUGUCAUUGUUGGAUCAUAUGGCUUUGGACGUGAAUAAAUGUUAAUUUAGCAGAUCUAUAUGUUUAGAGCCCCAGCAGAGGCUGGUGAGGUAAUUAAAGGUUUUAUUUUGGAAACUAUAUCUUGUGUAAAGGACCUUUUAGAGGGCACGGUGUAGUGUGUUAAAGUCAUGUUUUGGAAAUAAUAUUACAACACUUUAUUGAAACCACAGGCCUUAGAAAUUAGACAUUUGGCCCAUUGUUGUUGCUAUUGUUGUAUUAAUCACUUUCAGUUAUAGCCAAAGUUAUUUUUAUGCCCCCGAAGGUGGGCAUAUUAAAAUCACACCGUCCGUCCGUCCGUGUGUCCAGGCUGUAACUUUCCCUUGUAUGGACAGAUUUUAAAAUAACUUGCCACAUGUGUUCGGCAUACUAAGACGACGUGUUGGGUGCAAGACCCGUGUCCCUACCUCUAAGGUCAAGGUCAGGUGGUUAUUCACAAUGGAGUGCUGUAUAUAAGGAUACAGAGUAUUGGUUGUUAUGUCCGGGCUGUAACUUUUUCUUGUAUGGACAGAUUAUAAAAUAACUUGCCACAUGUGUUCGACAUACCAAGUCUACGUGUCAUGUGCAAGGCCCAUGUCCCUACCUCUAAGGUGAAAGAUACAGUUAGUGUUUAUUCACAAUGGAAUGCUGAAUAUAAGGACAUAAGAAUGUAAGUUGUCAAGUAUGGGUGGUAUUUUUUUAUGUUCAGAGGCAAUUUAAAAUAACUUGCCAUAUGUAAUUGUUUGAUCUUUAACUUUUCAUGUACUGACCUUGUUCAUAGGUCAAUGUCACAUUCGGGGGCAUUCGUCACAUACUGUGACAGCUCUUGUUUGAUGUCUGACUUUAACAAGCUUUAUUGUAAAAUAGUCAUAACUUUUCAAAAUUAAUAUUAGCACAUAGCAGUGGUUCCUAACAGUGAUAUAAUCACUAACAGUGAUAUAAUCAUAAUAUGUAUUCAUUCAAGCAUGAAGGAAAAAAUACCUACACAGUUUCACGACAUCACUUAUGUAGUGUCUGUAGAUAAGUGUUUAAGCUGUGGAUUUCUCCCACCUCAGAUAAGUAGAUCCAAUAAUUUAACCAUGCUAGAUAUUCUUAUCUUGCCCACGGGCGAAGAUAAAAUGCCCGUAUGGAACUCCUUUUUAAUGGUCACCACAUUAUAAUAACCUCCCUUGUUGAAGACUGUCGUCAGUAGCAUCAAGGAAAUCUUGUCUUAUGGUAAUAUUUAGAACGCUUAUUAAUUAUUUCUCGCUUCAAAUGUCACCAUAAAAUAGUUUUUACGCACCAUUCAAGAAAUAAUGCUUCAUUUUCCUUAGAACUAUUUAAAAAUACCGAUUUGACUAUUAAUAUCAACUUGAUCACUGCGCGCGUAUCCAUGACUACCACGUGCUAUCGCAUAUCCAUACGCAAUUAUUUUCACUAAGCACAAAAGAGUUCCAGCAAAAAAUACAUUUUUAAUUAAUUUUGUUUAACUGAGGUGGGAGAAAAAGCAUCUACCAUAGCCAGUCGUGUAAGAUAGUUUCAUCCCGACCCUACGCUCGGGUCGGAAUGAUCCUAUCUUACACUCUCGGCCAUGGGAGAUACUUAUAGUCUUCCACUAAUUAGCAGUCAUUUUCAAAUAAAUUAUUUUUCAAAUACAGUAAUCUGUAUUAGACGAGAAAAAGAUAAGUUCAACCCUUCAACUGAAACAGUUUUAUUUUGGAGGAAAAUCAAGAUGAUACAAUAAAUAUGUAAUUGAAUUACUUGAAACUUAGCAUGUAUCAUCGACCACAUAUAUUGUGUAAACUUUGAAGAUAAAAUUAAUGACAUCACAUCAUCAACAAUUUCAUGGAGAAUUUUGGGUUUAGAAAGACAUUUGUCUGAUUUAUGUAUCACUCAAUGUGUAAAAUCCGUACAAAAUUAUCUAAAACGACUAAAAAUAUAUUAAUUUAUUUCUACUGCCUUUCAGAUAAUACAAAAAAAUAGUUAUAUUAUAAUGUUUUAAGGUGUAACUAUGACACAUUUACCAGUAAAUUUUGUUCAAUACUUGAAGGGUCCAGGCCCGGGUUAUAGUUUGUAUAAUGUUGUAUUAUUUCAGUCACAUUUAUGCUUAAAUCAUGUUGUAACAUUGAAAUAUGAUGUUAUGAACCUAGGCGAUAUUCUGCUUAAAAUAAUUCACAAUAAAUUGAUAUUUCUGAGAAAUUACGUUUUGCAUUGUCAUAGAUCUUAUAACUGGAAGUCAGAACUUUAAUUUCUUUGGCCUGGAAUUUUAUGUUCAAUCAUAUAUCUUAACCCUCUGCCUUAUUAUUAACUUAAAGUUAGUCAAGCCUUGUGCUUUAAUGUUUGUAAAAGCCUACCAUUAAAUUAAAUUCUGAAAAAAAUAAUUACCAGACCUUUCUUACACUCAUUCUUACAUAAGUCAAGGGACCUUUCAAUCGAUUCCUUGUAUGAUGUGGAACUUUUUAGGGAAUGUGAGAAUUCCAACUUAUUAUAAUCGAAAAUGUACACCGGAAUCUGCCUACAUGUUUGCUCAGUUACGUGACCCUCGGUUCAGUCACUGAAGUUUCCUACAGGAAGCUGUGAGAACUCUGCACAGGCAUUAUUCAAUAUAGCUCUACAAAAUGGGCACAAACGUUCAGUUGAUUUUCUCAUGUUAAGGUUCAAAUGAAUUAUGGGAAUUAUGAGAAAGUCUAGACCAAAAUCAUUUUCCAACUGUGUAAAUCUUGACAGACUCUCAAUUGUUAUUUUAGAGUGGCCUUUUCGGGCAGAGAAAAAAAAUAGAUUGGCAUCUUUGUGCAAAAUAUGAUUGAAAUUAGUUCACUUUUCAAAAGAUAUUGAUCAGAAACUCAAUAUUUGAC